UGCAGUGUUACUCGUAGCAUGAAACUGUAAGGUCUGGAAGUAUUUGUACGUGCCUCAAGUUCGGUACACUCAGUUCUUCUCAACAUGCAAAUUGAUUAAUUUCAUCAUUGAUUUGCAUUGACUCAUCGUCUUGAGAGAGCAGAUAACCAGGAGGUAUGGAUAAUUAUUACUGCCAUCCAAGAGGAGAACUGGAAAGGUUGACAGUAGCUCAACAGUUCAACAGCUAGAUUAUGUGUGAUCAAACUGAGAACCGCAACCUGUCCCCGCAGAAUAAAAUACUUGAAACACAUUCACCACACCCCCCGCCUCCAACUAAGGAAAAAGGGGUAGCAAAAUGGGGGAAACGUCACACCAUGAUGAUCCUUGGCUUCUUCGGCACUGCCAUCGCCUGCUCCAUCCAGAACAACUUGUCGCUGGCCAUUGUGCCCAUGACGCAAGUCCACCACCAAUCCGGCCACUUGCAUAUUUUGGAGUAUGCAACGACGGACUCGAAAGCCCUGAACGCCAGCAGCACGGCACAUCCAGUUGGCAUUUGUCAGCGACAGGACGACGACCAGAACACGGACUCCAUGAGGCGGGAUAAGCUACUUGUCCUGAACAUUAUUGGGGUGGAAAACUCGCCGUCGUCGUCGGGAGAUGGGGAGCGGGUGGUGAAAGCAGGGCCUCAGUUCAACUGGCACGAGAAGGACCAGGGGCUUAUCCUGAGCUCGUUCUACUGGGGAUACGUCGUUACGCAGUAUCCCGGGGGUCGCUGCGCCCACAAGUACGGAGGCAAGUGGGUAUUUUCUCUGGGAAUCGUUCUUUCUGGAAUAUUCGCCCUGCUCCUCCCAUUCGCCACCGUUCACUUUGGGCGUUUGGGACUCAUCUGCGUUCGAGUUUUCCAAGGCUUGGCUCAAGGCAUAACGUUUCCUGCAAUCCAAGUAAUGCUCGCCCAAUGGUCGCCACCUCAUGAACGGAGCCGCAUGACUAACUUGGUCUACACCGGGUAUCCUUUCGGCACUGCCGUAACGCUUAUCGGUGGAGGUUAUCUUCUCAAAGUUGUUGGUUGGCCCUCAAUUUUUUUCAUCGCUGGAAGUAUCUCCCUCGUCUGGUUCGUUCUCUGGACUUUGUUAGUAUUCAACACACCUCUCCAGCAUCCCAGAAUCUCGGCACCUGAACUGCGUCUCAUCGAAGAAUCAAUGAAGGAAAAUUCCGUUCAGAAAGAUAUGCCGACCCCUUGGCGUGAUAUUUUACGGUCGCUCCCAGUCUGGGCCAUAUUCGCAAUUCAAGUGGGGCAAUUCUGGGGAAAGAAUAUUAUUCAAAUCGAGAUGCCAAAGUAUUUGGCAGCUGUCCAUGGGCUGCAAAUCCAACACAUCGGCUGGAUUGCAGCUUUGCCUCAAUUUCUUAAUUGUGCGUUUGGGUUGUUGACGUCCUCCUUGUCGGAUUAUCUCAUCAUUAAAAGUGUCACAUCCGUGGAAUUUACUAGGAAAUUGUCUGCUAUGAUCGUUGGUUGCGGAACAUCGGCAGCGUUUGUGGGGAUGGCUUUGGGUGGGUGUCACACCGUCCUCGCACUUUCCUGCCUUCUGUUCGGAGGUGUUGUGAGCGGUGCGUCGCGAGGGAGCUGGAUGGUCAACAUGAUCGACAUUGCGCCCAAUCACGCCGGGACGAUUUUAGCAGUUGGGAGCAUGGCCUCUUACUUUCUGGGAAUGCUGGCCCCCUAUGUCACCGGAAUUCUGCUCCAUUCAUACCCGACACUCUUGGGGUGGCAAAUUGUCCUCGGGAUCGGAGCAGUGGCCAAUUUCUCAGCCAGUGUCUUUUAUCUCCAGUACGCAAAGUGUACAGAACAAGGAUGGAACAAGCCGAAAGAGGACAAUAACAAUGAGUGCUAGUCACAACCACUUGAAGGUCUUCUCCAAUUUGGGCCAAUCAAGCAACCCUGAUUGCAGAAGGGAAAAUGCUCAUACAUUCGCAGAAACUCUGACCCCGUCGUCUUCUCAGACAUUGUCCACAGACAUCCGUUUUACAGUUUGCCUCUGGUAAAUGCGUUAAUUUGUUAUUGUUUUCUUAGAAUCCAACAUGUUACAUGAUACUCAAAAUAGCAGUAUUGACAAUAAUAAAGUGAUACAAGUACAUGCAAAUGCGUACAAAAAAUA